AUGGAGAAGAAUUUGAAGUCAAGAAUAGCUAUUAUAGGCGGAGGUAUUAGUGGCCUGGCGACUGCAAAGCAGUUGCUCCCGUUCGAGCCAGUGCUGUUCGAAGCCACCGACUCGAUCGGUGGUGUGUGGAAGCACUGUGCCUAUCGAUCGACGAGGUUACAGACGCCGCGACCCGACUAUGAGUUCUCAGACUACCCAUGGAAGAAUCGGGCCGACCCGAGCUUCCCAACCCACACAGAAAUUGUGGAUUAUCUUCAUGACUAUGCUACAACCUUUGGUCUGUGGCCUCUCAUACGCUUCAGGUCCAAGGUUGUAGAGAUGAGAUAUCUUGGUGACUCGGAAAAGGCCGGUUUCACGCCUUUGUGGGGGGAGGAUGGACGGCCAUUUGCCGAUCAGCCAAUCUGGGAGCUUGGGGUUGUGACCGGUGACUCCCAUGUCAUUGAGUGGUACAAAUUUGAAUUUGUGGUGAUGUGCAUUGGAAAAUAUGGUGACACCCCAAAGUUGCCGGUAUUUCCAAAGGGAAAGGGACAAGAUGUAUUUAAAGGCAAGGUGAUGCAUGCAUUGGAUUACUGUAAACUCAAUGAGGAAGAAGCCACAAAGUUGAUGAAAGGAAAGAAGGUUGUGGUGGUUGGUUACAAGAAGUCAGCAAUUGAUUUGGCCACUGAAUGUGCCCAAGUAAACAAAGGGCCAGAUGGUCAACCUUGCACGAUGCUGAUAAGGACAUUGCAUUGGACUGUGCCUUCCUACUCCAUAUGGGGCCUCCCCUUCUCCCUUUUCUACUCAACUAGGUUGUCUCAGUUCCUUCAUCCAAGGCCAAAUCAAGGCUGGCUUAGAACAGCACUCUGCCAACUCUCAACUCCAUUGAGGAAGGGUGUCUCGAAAUUCAUAGAGUCAUAUCUAACUUGGAAACUUCCACUGAACAAGUACGGGUUAAAACCUGACCAUCCCUUUGAAGAAGACUACGCUUCCUGUCAGAUGGCCAUAUUGCCGGAGAAUUUCUUCUCAGAGGCGGACGAGGGAAGGAUCAAGUUUGAGAAAACAGAAAAAUGGUGGUUUUGGGAAAAAGGAGUGGUUUUGGAAGACCGGAGAAAGCUGGAAGCUGAUAUCGUCUUCCUCGCCACCGGUUUCGACGGCAAGAAGAAGCUCCGAUUGGUUCUUCCACAGCCCUUCUCCGGCCUCAUAGAGGAUUCCUCCGGCGUCAUGCCUCUCUACAGGGGAAGCAUAAAUCCAUUGAUUCCUCGCAUGGCCUUCGUGGGUUAUAUUGAAAGCGUAUCGAACCUGCACACAGCAGAGCUGAGGUGCAAAUGGCUGGCAAGGCUGCUUGAGGGGCGGUUCAAGCUUCCAAGCGUUGAAGAAAUGUUCUCACAGAUAGGUCAGGAGACAGAGAUAAUGAGGAAGACGACGAGGUUCUAUCGUCGCCAUUGUAUCUCCACCUUCAGUAUAAAUCACAGCGAUGAAAUAUGUGAGGAGAUGGGGUGGAAUUCAUGGAGGAAGAAGAGCUGGCUAGCUGAGGUCUUCAGCGCUUAUAACAAUCAGGACUAUAAGGAAGACGAUGGUGAUUAUGAUGGUGAUCAUCAUGAUGAAUGAUUCAUAUAUUAUUAUUUACAAAGAUGCGCGUUAUAAAGGAAUUCAAUAAAUAUGUUCUAUUAUUUAAUGAAAAAUAAGAUUGAAUAAUUAUCA